AACCUGCACCGCGACUUUGAGCAGGCCUGCACCGCGACGGGUGGCUCGACGCGGCCGACAUCCACGCGGCGAUUCAAGAAGUUGCGCACAGCAUCGCCAGGAAACAGCCGGUCAACUCGUAUCAGUGGGCGCGCCGCUGCGGUCAAUGUCUCGAGCGGAUCAAGGACUUUGCCUCUGUAGGCGAUGUCUUCGUCGGCGGCGCGCAGAACAUGGCCGUGAGCGGUGCAUGGGGGGCACUUCGGAUUGCUAUCGAUGUAUCAUUGACCUUGAUGUUCUUCUACGAUAAACUCUCCGAGAUGCUGUCGCGGAUUGGGCGCUUCACCCAUGCCAACGACAGUUACCAUGUGCUAUUCCCCGCAGACCCACGACUCAAGGCUCUCGUUUUCCAAUACCUGUCUGGCUUGAUUGCCAUCUGCACCGAAGUCAUCCGGUACGCCCACAAGUCGGCGCCCUCGCAGUUGAUGUCUGCGCUCGGCUCGACGUUCGAUACCAGGUUCGGGCCUCUGGAGAAGGAUCUGCAGUCCAUCGCGUCCGCCAUCAGCGAAGCCGCCAACACCCAGGCCAUUGGUCUCAGCCAAGAAGGACAUAGGGAUACCAAAAGCAAAUUGGGGCAGAUAAUGUGUCGACUCAAGGACAUGGACCUGGUCACUACAAAGGGGAGUCGGGAUCUGUGGAAGCACAAAGUGGCAAAGGCGAUUAGCAAAGGCGAUAUCAAGCACACGCUCGAUCUAAGGUACUAUUGUGAAAAGGGUACCUCAACGUGGAUGCUGCAGACGGACGAGUACAUACAAUGGCAAGAGUCCUCAGCCUCCCGUACGUUAUGGGUGACGGGCAAACUCGGGUCUGGCAAGUCCGUUAUACUGGCCUCCCUUGUGAUGAACCUGUUCCGACUUGCAAAGACAGUCUCGACUGAAGAUUCCGCGAUUGCGCAUUACUUCUGGCGCAAGGGCGUCAAGACCGCCGUCACCGCCUCCAGCAUCCUGGGAAACAUUGCAUACCAGAUAUUGCAUAGUAAGGAGAUGGAGCCUGCUUUGGAUGCCCAUCUGGAGAGGUUUGGUGGAUUCGAAACGCUGAAGCUGUCCAACGACUCUUGCAUAGACCUGCUCAUUGCCGUCGUCCCGCCCCGAUGCAAGCUCUUCAUCGUCCUCGACGGCCUGGGCAACUGUGAAUCCAGCGAGGUGCACACGAUUUUCCGAGAACUCAAGCGUCUCGCAGCCGCAAGAAGAGUUUUGCUGCUUUGCUCCUCGCACCCGAACUGGAAAGAGCUGCGUCUGGCAAGUGAUACCUUGCCCAUCCCAUUUAUCACUGUCAUGAUCGAGGACACGGAUCGCACAGCCGAAGCAAAAGAUUAUAUUACAAGGGAGCUUACCAUGUGGGAAUCUCAGGACCUGUAUCUGGGUGACGCCAAGGACCUCAUUCAAGAGAAGCUCCUCGCCGGAUGGCAGAAUAUGUUCCUGUGGCUCAGUCUACAGUUGCGACUCUUGCGCGAAGAUCUGGAGCACUCGCCUCUUGAGCUCACGAGCGCCUUGUCCAGAAUACACGAGGAGCUCUCUGAGCUAUACACAAGGGCACUGAUGCACCUCGCAGAGACGGAGGGUGUCAAGGCGCGCGCGGUACUCGAGCUGGUGACGGCGGCCGAGCCACCCUUAACGUUCAAAGAACUCCGCAUCGCGGCCAAUGUCAUCCCCGGCGAUAUUACAUGGAGGCCUUUGCAUUCGAGCAAGAUUGCCGCCGACUUUUGCUGGCAGUUUGGGCGCUACCUGCUCGAAACAGAUCCGGAAGACGGACAGGUUCGCCUGGUUCAUCCAACGGUUGCCUUGCAUCUGUGCGGACUGCCGAACAACGAGCUCGCCUCAGCGAUGCACUUCCAAUACGAGCAGGCUGAGGAGCGGGUGGCCAUGGUGUGCCUGACAUACCUCAACAUGCCUGCACUGGCUGACUUGACCACCCUGAAGAGGAAAUCUGCCGACAGGCCACAGAGAGGCAUAUUCCACGUGGCAGCGCAGCCAGUUGCGCAAAGCAGCGGUCUCGGGCGGCGGCUUAUGUCCAUGUACGGGUCCAUCUUUGAGGGGAACGACCCUCUCCGCGUGCUCGCAAGCUCAGCGAAAGACCAAGGUGACAAUCUCGGCUGGGCGAUCGACCAAGGACACCGGCCACUGGUCACCUGCCACUUUAAUGAUACCAACCGACGCUCACUCGAGCUCGUCACUGCACAGACCAUGCGACUGUACUCGCUAUUGCAUUUUCGCUGGAAAGGUUUCGAGUUCAGCGGGCCGGUUUGGCAGAUAUAUGUUCCGCCACGACCCCUGGAAACAGUCACCGCCAGCCUCACGGGCACGACCAGAAUAACCGACAACGUUCGACGUCUCCGGGACGCUGCCGUGAGCUUCCUGCUCGUCCUUUUCAAGGGGGCAUCGAUCACAAGGGAGACCCUGUUGAAGAUCCUCCUGGAUAUCGUGCAGCGUGUGGACCUCGAUGAUUUGAUGAUCUCCGGCAAGCUUCCGCUUGUGUAUGCUCUCCAAGAUGAUGCACAUGACGAUGACGAAGACGAAGCCGGACUUUAUUCUCUCACGACGCACGACAGGGUCAGUGCUUUGUUGGCUGCCGGCGCUGACCCCAAUGGGUACUGCUUUGAAGGCGAUUCGCGGCGUCAGCUCCACGUCCCGCUCCUGCAAUGCAUGCGCGCGGACCAAGUCAACUGCUUGGAGCUGUUGCUCCGGUAUGGCGCGGAUCCCAAUGUGCAGGACUCACACGACGGGAUGCGAACCUGCCUCAUGAAAGCCGUAUUGGCACAGGGCAGUGUGCCGGGCCUGCGGGUUCUCUUGCAGUAUGGAGCCGAUGCUCGCGCCUGCGACUCCACGGGGAAGACAGUACUGCACUAUCAGAUCAGGAAAGAGGACGGUCUGCGACCGAUGCUGGCGGAAUUGGAGAGGGCCGGUCAGUUGCAAGCCGUGCUGAACGUUGCCAACAACCAAGGGGUCACCGUUCUGUACGAUGCACUGCUUCACGUGUCUGACGAUAGUCCAAUUCGUGCACUGGUGGACGCAGGGGCUCGACGGCUUGCCGUGGGCGGAGACAUCAUCGUGGAUAUCGUGCCAGAUGCGAAAAAUAGAACGGCUUUGAGUUCUCGACGAUUACGGCUGCUGCGAGAAGGUUGUGCGCGGGCACCCAGACUGGGUCCCGCUAGGGGCUUGAUCCCCGGACUCCAAGCAAUGGAGGAUGAUGGGUUGGUCCAAUGUCGAACCCGGCCACCCCUAUACCUCGUUGAUACAGACGACUGGUGAAUGGUACGCUGAAAGGGGCCAAUUGAUCAAUUGAAAAAUAUAGAAAGAACCAAGAGCUAGGAUCGCAAGAAACGAAGCUAUCGCGAGCUUCAUACCGAAGGUACUACUUAUGGUAUUCAUAGCUACUCUGAUAAGGGUCGUGGGCCACCUCUACAGAACGUUGGACGCACCUAGGAGAACGUGUCAGCUGCUAAUACAGCCCGGUGUUCUUCACAGUGAACGACCCCUGGUCUACCCUGUGGUUAAUAAUUCAGGCCGGUGGAGGCAAGUGCACUGUCUGUCCCCGAAAGAAAACACUAACGACUGGAGGCGCCUCGCCAGCGGCCAGCAGAAUGGAUGCCAACGAUGUCCCUGGCUAUCUCCUCGGAUUGCGCCGUUGUGUCCGUAUACCUAUAUUAUCUCAACACGGCAAUAAUGGCCUCGAUACUGGUA